GUGGCAAGAAGUCUCUUACCUUCUUGAGCAAACGCGUAUGGAGGACACGAUCAGAAAUUGCGUCCCCGCCGCCUGUUAACCUCUGUGUCUCCCUGUCUGCCUCUAAAAUAUCUUACAUUUUCUCUCUAGACCUUCCGCAAAAGAAUCCCUAGUGAAAGACGAGCUCUAUCUUUCUCAGGAAGAAAAAUUAGUAGUAAUGGCAAAAUACAAGAGGCAGCAAUCUUAUAUCUCGGUCCCAUCUCAGAUAAUCAACUCUUUGUCACCUUCUUCCCUUCAAUCUCUCCUUGAAUCACCAAAGAAGUCAUCAAAGAAUAGCAGCAACAAGUUUUUUGGCAUCAGUUCGUACAGGAGCCCAAGACUUUGGUUCCUUACCCUCUUUUGCUUUGGCCUUUUUGGUAUGCUAAGGUUUGGGAUCAAGCCUGAGCCUUUGACCCCUUUCUCUUCAUUCCCAUGUUUCACAACCCAAUCACAAGUCUCUACUUCAAAUGGGUACUCAACGCCACAAGCAGCACUAGGUAAAAAGGAGGAGUUUUGGACCUCAAAAGGUUUUGCGAAAUCAGAGGUUGGUAUUGCCCCAAACAGUGGAAAGGGUGAUUCAAAGGCUUUGAUCUCAAAUGGGUAUGCAGAAAAGUCGGGUAAGGAUGAAGAGAAUGAGUUUUGGGAGCAGCCAGAUGGGAUGGGGUAUAAGCCUUGCUUGGAUUUUAGCAGGGAUUACAGGAGAUACAGUCAAGGGAUUGUCAAGAACAGGAGAAAGUAUCUACUGGUUGUGGUUUCUGGAGGAAUUAAUCAGCAAAAGAAUCAGAUUGUUGAUGCUGUGGUAUUUGCUAGGAUCCUUGGUGCUGCAUUGGUUGUUCCCAUCUUGCAAGUCAAUGUCGUUUGGGGCGAUGAAAGUGAGUUUUCUGAUAUAUUUGAUUUAGAGCACUUUAAGAAAGUUCUGGCCAAUGAUGUGCGGAUAGUUUCGUCAUUGCCUUCUACACAUAUAAUGACACGUCCAGUCGAGGAGAACCGUACUCCACUUCAUGUCUCCCCUCAAUGGAUUCGUGCUCGUUAUCUUAAGCGGCUUAACAGGGAAGGUGUUCUGCUCUUACGAGGUCUCGACUCUAGGCUCUCUAAAGACCUCCCUUCGGAUCUUCAAAAGCUACGAUGCAAGGUUGCCUUUCAUGCAUUGAGAUUCGCUCCCAAAAUCUUGGAGCUUGGCAACAAGCUUGCUGAAAGAAUGCAUAGCAAGGGACCGUACCUUGCUCUUCACUUACGCAUGGAAAAAGAUGUAUGGGUGAGGACAGGCUGUCUUCCUGGGUUGGGUGACAAGUAUGAUGAGAUGAUAAACAAUGAGAGGAAACAACGGCCUGAGCUCCUAACUGCUAGAUCGAAUAUGACUUACCAUGACAGGAAGCUUGCUGGUCUCUGCCCCUUGAACGCAUUGGAGGUAACUAGACUCCUUAAAGCUCUAGCAGCUCCAAAAAAUGCGAGAAUAUACUGGGCUGGAGGGCUACCAUUAGGUGGCAAAGAAGCUUUAGAACCAUUAACCAAGGCAUUCCCUCAUUUUUACAACAAAGAAGAUCUUGCCUUGCCUGGUGAACUAAAACCUUUUGCAAACAAGGCUUCCUCUAUGGCUGCCAUUGAUUAUAUAGUUUCCGAGAACAGCGACGUUUUCAUGCCAUCGCAUGGGGGAAAUAUGGGCCAUGCACUUCAGGGACAGAGAGCCUAUGCAGGGCACAAAAAGUAUAUAACCCCAAACAAAAGACAGAUGCUCCAUCAUUUCCUGAAUACUUCUCUCCUCGAGCCAGAGUUUAACAGGAUCAUCAAGGACUUGCACCGUGAGUCCUUGGGGCAGCCAGAACUCAGGACUAGCAAAGCUGGGAGGGAUGUUACAAAGUACCCAAUCCCAGAGUGUAUGUGCAAUGAUUCACGUGCUCAUUCUGUUUUGUGAUUUAACGUUGAAUUGUUCACAUGCAACGAUGGCAAUGAAAGAGAUUGUGGCAUCAGAAUGAUUGAGAUUCCUUACUAAGUUCUGGAAACCUGAGCAUUUCGAACAACCCGAGGGCAAUGGAGAGCCUAUUUGAUGUUUCUUUGGACUGGCAUUUUGAAGGCUCACUUUGGUGAGUGCUACUCCUCCAUCUGCAAGCGUCUCGCAAUUUGUAUGUGAGCAUUUGAGGCAAAAUAUAUUUAUAUACAAGUAGAAUAGCACAUAAAUUUUAGCAUUCUUUAAUUCUUAAUAGGAUAUUUUUCCCUUUUUAAGGUUUUUUUUUUUUUUUUGGGAUACAGUGUAUCAUUGUUUGUACUACAUCUCCGAGUCUGAAAUCCAUACGUGUAAAUUCUAUAUAAAUAAAGCAAAUACCAUUGAUGAUCAA